AUGUUCGACAAGGGCGGCGCCAUCGGGGACGCCGCCGUGGCCGCGCUGCUGUGCAUGGGCGUCACCGCACCACAUGUGACCGGCAUCGGCGGUGGUCUAAUGGCCGUCCUUUACGACAAGUCCACGAUGAGGGUUCAAGCCCUGGACGCCCUGGGAGUGUCUCCGGCAAGCGUCACACCGAAUAUGUCUUCAACCAACCCGUCGGCGUUGAAACGCGGUGCCAACGCUCCGAUCGUGCCUGGCGCGCUGGCAGGACUGAAGGCUCUGCACACCAAGGCGGGCGAGCUUCCCUGGAAGGCCGUGUUCCAGCCGGCCAUCCGCUUGGCCAAGGAGGGCUUCACCGUCGGAUCGCACCUUGCCGCCGCCCUGGCGAACAAUAAGAAUGUACUGAGCGUGUCGGCUUCCCUCAGGAAGCGAUUCUCAAACAGCGCCACCGGCGCUCUGUUGCGCCGCGGGGACAAGCUCGUCCAGGCGCAACUCGCCGAGCUGCUGACGAAGCUGGCCGAACACGGCCCGGAGUACCUUUACCAACAUGAACUCGCCGACGAGAUCGAAAAGAACGUUGCGGACGCCGGUGGGUCCCUCAAGAAAAGCGACCUGUCGGGAUACCAACCCGUCUGGCAGGAUCCGCUGUCUUCCAGGAUAGGGGACAGCCAGCACAUACACUCGGCUCCCAUUCCGGGCGCCGGCGUUGUGCUAGCCGUGGCCGUCCACAAGAUAAACGUGGCUUUCGUGGAGGCCUUGAAGUUUGCCUUGGCAAAGCGGCCGGAGCUUGGCGACGAUCAAAACGUCAAAGACAGGCAGACCAGCAUGGUGACCGACGUAAUCGGAUUCGCUGCGCAAAAUUACGACAAGACGAAGCCCCUGGCAUCGCCACAAAAGUACGGCAUCAAGUACGCGCCCCGCGCGGACUUUGGCGGCGCGCAGCUGACUAUCGUCGCGCCCACCGGCGACGCUCUGUCUGUCACGUCCGGGCUCAACGGAAUGUGA